CAGGCUGACAGAAAAGUUGCAGAAGAAGACUAGAGGCUACAAGACGACUGCUCCUCUUAAAUCAUGUCAUAAGACGUUUGAUAUAUUUUUAAAUGCUUAGAGGGGGGUUAUCUAUGCAGCAAAUGGUCGUGUUCCCUUUUUGACAACAUUUCCUCACAAGCUUCAGGAUCAAAAAGACAUCCCUGAUAAUGAGAUCAAGAGCUUUCAGACGUAUUUGCAGUCCAAAGUUCCGACCUUUCUACCUCACCUUGGUUUUGAGUAUCAUUAUUCUGCUGCUGUACAGUAACUGGGUCACAUAUUUAACAACAUAUGAAGUAGUCAAGACCCCCAACAGUAUUGCUAAACACAGCUGCUCCUUCCAUUCACUACCACCAAAGGAGGCUCAUCUGGCAGAUUUACUAAAACAAUUAAUUAUCUGGCCCAAAGGACCAGAUUUAGCAUCUUUCUUCUUCCUGUAUGACACCAGUGAUCCAGCUCGGAGCAGCUUCACCAUUCUGCCACCUAAUGGAUGGAGAAGUUGGCAUGUAGGAGAUCAGCUGGAGGUUUUGAUUAAGAUGUAUGACUUCUAUGGUCGCCCUAAGGAGUUUGGUGGAGACUUCCUGCUAGUUCGACUGCACAACCCUAUUCUUGAUGCAGGUGUGGCAGGAAAGGUGUUGGAUCAUCGCAACGGCACCUAUUCUGCUAUAUUUUCUUUGCUCUGGGAAGGACGUGCAGAGGUUGAGGUGAUCUUGGUCCACCCUAGUGAGGGAAUUGUGGUGCUAGAAAAACUGACCCAGGAGCAGCCUGACAGAAUCUAUUUCCGUAGCCUCUUCCGUCAGGGUUCGGUGAAUAAAUCCACGAUCUGUAACAUAUGCCUUAAUAAACCUCACAGGCUGUGCAACUACUCUGAUCCCAUCACGGGUGAACCCUGGUUCUGCUACAAGCCAAAGAAUAUAAGUUGCAAUGCUAGGAUCACCCACUCCAAAGGAGGAUUCAUACAAAACCUACAGCCAAUGGAGGAGGAGCUCUUUCAAAUUGGUGUCAACUUGAAGGUGCCCAUUCCAGCCUCAGGACCUGCACACAUCCAAGUUCUGAAGAAAAAGGAUGACUUUUAUGAAUCAGCUUUCAACUACUUUUUGGACUAUCCUGGUGAAGUGAGAAAUGCUGUCUCAAAUGGGCCUGCGGGUUAUUACUACCUCGGUGUUUGGCGAGCACUGGAUGGCACCACUGUUCACCAGUUUAACACCGCCACAGAAAUCAGUCAGUGCCUGAAAAACAAAAGGAUCCACCUGUAUGGAGACUCCACCAUCAGGCAGUGGUUUGAAUAUUUAAAUGGAACUCUACCAGAUCUCAAGGAGUUUCCCAUGGAGAGCUUAAAUCAAACAGGACCUUUCCUAGCCUUGGAUUAUACAAACAACAUUUUAUUGACUUUCCGCAGCCACGGACCUCCCAUCCGUUUUCGCUAUGUGCCUGUCAGCCAGCUUCGCUAUAUUGCCAAUGAACUUGACCGUGUUGUAGGGGGAGAAAACACUGUUGUAAUUAUUGGCAUCUGGUCUCACUUCAGCACAUUUCCUGUAGAGGUCUACAUUCGACGUCUGCUGAACAUUCGGAAAGCAGUGGUCCGGCUGUUAAACAGGGCUCCAGGUACUAUGGUCAUCAUCAGGACUGCAAACCCCAAAACACUGACGCUGUACGAGAGUCUGACCAAUAGUGACUGGUAUUCCCUACAGCGUGAUAAGAUCCUAAGGGCAAUAUUUCAGAGAGUAAAAGUAAAGCUGGUGGAUGCCUGGGCGAUGACUGUAGCUCACCACCUGCCACACAACCUCCAUCCACAACCUCCCAUCAUCAAGAAUAUGAUCAAUGUUAUUUUAUCCUACAUUUGUCCCUAAGGAGCAAGUUGAUAAAGAGCAAAGAGUAGAGGGGACUUUGAUGAAUGUGAUCAAUGUUUUCUAUGGAUGUUUCUUUUGUUUUCUAUUGUGUUUUCUGCUGUGUUUUGUGGUGGACAGAAAGAAAUCAACCUUUAAGUUACUGUAACCCACUCAGAAAAACUGGGUUAGAAUUUAGCCCAGAUAAGGAAAGUAUUUGCUCUGAUUUGGGUUAUCACUUGUUGUUUUUUUCUAUUUAU